CGUCACAAAUACAAUUCGUAAAUACAUCUACUGAUAUGUUUGGUAGUAGGAGCUCCCAGCGAAUUUGUGAAUUGAAUUUUUAAAAAGCAAACAGACCUGCCUCUGACAUGGAAAUGUGUCUCAUUUCGUAAGCGUUCUGAAAGAGAAAUCAACGACGAAAUAUGUCUAUGUCACAUAUUUUCUUCCUGACGGCUAUCUGUAUGUGUUUAGGAGGGAUUCCCUGUUCCAUGCCUCGACCCAUUCAAGGAACGUCGAUGGCUGACGAGUUGAAUGAAACCAUCGUCUCCAUUUCAACUUUUGUAUACGUCACAAACACGGAGAACUUUGAACCAACCAUCCACACGGAGAACAAAACAAAUCCCUUCCUGGACCGUGCGCCUGAUGACGUCAUUGGUUCCGAUCACGUUUUUCGUCGUCUGCUAGCAGACAUUUUGAAGUUGACCGGACGAAAGAAUGAUGGAUCUCUCUUAAUAGCGUCAUCAUAUACCAACCAAUCGCAAGCCAGAGCGACAGCGACAUCGACAACGACUUCGGCUACGAUGAGGAAUGCAUCUGACGAUCAACGGUCGACAACAGGGUCACAUGAUAGAGAUAGAUGGGCGUGGUUUACUCUCAGAGGAAAGACAAAUAUCGGCCUGUCAAGUGUUCGAUCCCUCCUGGCAAAGUUACAUGCGACACCAACGCCAACAAACACAACCUUUCUCGUUAUAUAACUUUCUUUAAAAAUGUGACUUAUAACCCAAGAAGAGACAUUAUUAAAACCAUUAAACCUAUGAGCGUUUCAACUAGUUUUAUUUAAGAGCCGACUUGCUUCUUGUGCUCAUAUUAUACGCUAAAAUAAGAAGAAGAAGAAGAAGAAGAAGAAGAAGAAGAAGA